AUGGGUGCAGGUAAAUCUCGUAAAAAAAAACCUACUACACCCAUUCCACAGUAUCCAGCAAGUGCCAAUCGAUCUGUUGGUACAGUUAAUACUGGUGUCGGAGGUGCAUCUCCUAUGAAUCAACAGCAACAACUUAUGCUAGCCAAUCAAACCAUUGCAAACUUAAACAAUCAACUUAUGGCUCUCCAAGGUGGAGCACCAAUGCCUUAUGGUGGUUAUCCAUAUGGAGUUGCAGGCACACCACCAAUGCCCUAUGGUGGUUAUGGAUAUCCAGGUGGACCUCGAAUGCCUUAUGGCACUCCUCCAUAUGGUGGACCUCCGAGUCCUGUUCUUUUACCUCCAGGUAGACAAUAUCCAUAUCCACCAGUAGCAGGUGGUGCAGGUUAUCGAGAUACUGAUUUUGCAGCUAUCGGAAAUAUUGCUGGUCUAAAUUCAGCUCAAGUAGCACUUCUUCAUCGAGAAUAUAUGAAUUUAACACGUGGUGGUACAAUUAAAAUGGAUCGUAAUGUUGUUCGUCAUUUAUUACGAGAUGUUCUUCUCGAAGCCAAUAAUGAACAUAUUGAUCGUGCUAUUGAAAAUAUAUUUCGUACAAUCGAUCGAAAUCAAGAUGGUUUUAUUGAUUUUCCAGAAUUUGUUGGUGCUUUUAAAGAAGUAUUGAAAGGAGACCGUUUCAAUCCAGAACAACUUGUUAUGAAUAACGCAAUUCCUGAUAUAUUAACUGCACAAUUACGAGCAAGUAUUUUUGGACCUGAUGCUGCUUCUCAACCACUAGCAGUAGUUCAACAGCCACAAGCUGCAACUCAAUGUGUUCCAACUGGUGGAUUAAAUAUUGUACCAUUAGCAUCUACAGGUGUUCGAAAAACACCGAUGGUUUGCACUCCUCUAUCAACUUGCACAAUAUCAAAAGCGACUGCACCUUUAAUUACUCUUGACCCAAAUCAAUCAACUUGCGUAAUCGCAACUCCAGGUCAAUAUAUGAUAACACAACCUACGGCUUUACAAUGUGUACCUUUACCACUCAUGUGA